CCCAGAGGACGCAGCCCGCUCGCCGGAGCAGCCAGUUCCUGUGCGACUCCGGAACACAGCGGCCCGCGCGCGAUACCUGAAGCACUCGCCGCUACAACACGCGCCGCGCACAGCAACGAGGCGACGCAGUGAGAGACGAGAGGAGAAGCGUGCACGGAAGUGACCGGUGCGUAGCAGAGCCGCAGCACCCAUGUUGGCGUUCGCGACCACUAACGGCACGCUCACCACGCACCAACGGUCGAUAAAAUCGCCGGAUAUUUCCGUAACAGAAAAAGACAACAAUAUAAAGCAUCAUUUCAAGAUAAACAGCUCUGAGGCGCUGGACUCCGAGCGCGGGAUGCUGCUGAAGGUGUACUCGGGGCUGGUGCUGGCGGCUGACGCGCUGCUCGUGCUGCUGCGCGUGCUGCUCGCCAUCCUAGAGGCGCUCUUCUCCAAGUUCCUGCCCGCCAAGGAGAAGUCCGUCGCCGGCGAGAUAGCGCUCAUAACUGGUACGGGUCACGGAAUUGGACGCGAACUUGCGCACCAGCUGGGUGCGCUGGGCGCCACGCUCGUCUGCUGGGACGUAAACCAGGAAUGGAACGAGAAGACGGCUGCGGAGCUGCGCAAGAAGGGCUACAAGGUGCACGCCUACAAAUGUGAUGUGUCAAACCGUGAAGAAGUACUUAACCUAGCAAAGAAAGUCCAAGCAGAGGUCGGUGAUGUCAGCAUCAUCAUCAACAAUGCUGGCAUCAUGCCUUGCCGACCUUUCUCGACAUACACACCUGAAGUGAUACGUCGCAUCUUUGAUGUAAAUGUGUUUGCACAUUUCUGGAUCUUGGAAGCAUUCUUGCCACGUAUGAUAUCAAACAAUCAUGGACAUGUUGUGGGUCUCUCUUCUAUGGCUGGUGUAAUGGGUAUCACAAAUUUGGUACCAUACUGUGCUAGCAAAUAUGCAGUUCGAGGGAUGAUGGAGGCUUUAUCAGAAGAACUGCGUGAGAACUUGAAGAACUCUCAAAUACAUUUCACUACCAUCUUUCCAUUUAUUGUUGAUACUGGCCUGUGCCAGAAACCACGUACCAGGUUCCCCAGUCUUCUAGCUAUAGUACAAAUUCCAAAAGCAGCAUCAGAAAUUAUUAAGGCAAUGAGGAGAAACUACAAUGAAUAUUCCAUUCCAAAUGGGCUGUUGGACUUAAAUCACUUCCUCAGGUUGCUGCCACUGAAAGCAACAAACACAAUUAAGGAUUUUGUUGACAGUGGAGUGGGUGCCCAUGAUGAGUGAAUAAUCAGAAAUAAAACAAAAUGUCUUCAACUAGCAACUUGGAUGUCAUUCUUCUACUACAAUUGUAGGAAUGAUAAAUUUUGUUUGUAAAUACCACAAGUUUACAACACAGAGACUUGAAUAAGUGAGCUUCGUGUCAAAAUGUGAAUAUUGACAUGUACAUAGGCAGUUGUAUAGAAAACAUCAGAUAUUUUACAGUUGAUUUAUUGUGUAGUCUUUUUCUAUUACCAAAUCACUUACAUAUGUGGAGUUCAGAAACAAAAUUCUAAUUUUCUGUGAUUCACCAUUAAUUUUAGUGAUAUAUUUGGCAGAAGAUAGGAAAAAGAUACUUUUUCCCUUGCCAACAGUAACACAUGUUGUUGCAAUUAUUGAUACAUAUUACCUACAAAAAUUAUGACCAACUUUUGCUGUGUGCUAUUCAUAAAAAAACAGAACUGAAAGACAUCCAAAGCAGGAAAAUCAAAUGAGAUUUUCCAGUAACAGAUUGUAUCCCUUAUGAAUAAAAAGUAUUUCUCUUCAUCAUAAAAGUAUGGUGAUGAGUUAGAAGAAGUUGAAAAGACUUCCACAAAUGCCAAAAAUUAUUUAAGGGACACACAUGUUCUAACAGCAUUUAUUUCUCUCUCUCCAUUUUGUACAACAAUUAUAGAAUUUUUUUGAUACAACACUACAAUAAAUGUAAUUGUGUAAACUUACAGAUAAACAUGUGAUUUUAAAGUGAGUAUCUAUUUGUCUUUGCACAGUGUACAACAAUAAAUCAUAUAUAUUUUUAUAUAUGUGAUAUUCUGUAAUAUAUAAUGGCAAUAUGUUAUGCAACAAAUAUGUAUUUUUGUACUAGAAUACAACAUUCUUGCCAUCAGUGCAAUGUUUUGUGUCUGGAUGUGUUUGCAACUCUCAUUUGUGCUGUCAUUAAUACAUUUUCCUACAUUACUUUGUUACUACCUCUAAAAUUGAUAAUGACACUGGUUUGUUAUCCCUCAGUCCAGCUAAUGGUGCAAACAAGCUGUUCAUUAAAAUGCUUCCGUAACAAAGUUCAGGAAUUGGAGGAAAAUUCAUAACUAAGGUCCUUAAUAGUUAGUGUGGUUUUUUCCUUCCUUUUUUUGUAUGAGUAUUUAAGUAGAGUGGGGGGUGGGGUUUGAGAAGAUACCCAUUUAGGACUGCACAAAGUACUUAAAAACAUUGCAUGGCCUUCUUCUGUGACCUUAUUCCUUUCAUUAUUUUGUUGUUAGCUUGUUCCCUUGCUUCAGAAAACAUUUCCCCUUUGUUUCCUUGUGUUAAUGUGUAUAUAAUGUGUACUAUUUGAUCUUGCGGUUCAACACUGUUACAUUAUAUACACAGUAAAGUAAAUGUUACAAUCAAGAUUUCCCUGUUUGUGAUCAGGUGUUGAACAAAGGAUGAUUGCACACUAGAACUCCCUGGGGGGAAUGCAUAACAAAAUUUACCCACUUUAAAUGAACAGUGGUGGUAAGAAUGCUGUUACAAGAAGACAUGGAUGAAAACGCACCUUUGUAAAAGAAAGCUUUGUCUAGUUUUAUGGACUGUGCAAUGUCCUCAUAAAUAUAUUAUAUUGAAGGAAACAUA